CUGUUAAUGUUUGUCGGCACAGUUCUCUGUGUUCAGAUAAAAUCAUUGGGAAAACUAAAACAAAAUACACACAAAUACUAAAAUUUUAAAAAUAAUAGAAAAUUUAUUACUUUAUACGUAUUAUCUUACAUAAAUUAUUAAAUAAAUACAAAGAAUUAACGGUUUUAAAAGUUUAUAUUGAUAACAAUUCUUACUAAAUUCCAACAAUUUCUUGGCACAUAAAAUAUUGAAUUAUUUACUGCACUUUUUCAUCUGGAAAAAACUCAUCAUCUUCCAUCAUGUCUUCUUCACAUUCAAAUGCGCAAAGUAAUGAUAAUUCUACAUCAGCUAGCAAAAAUAUUGGUAAUAGCAAAACAAAUUCUGCUCAGAAUAGUAGUGGUUCGGACAGCAUGGAUAAGGUAUCGCCUGAUCAGGAUAUAUAUAUAAAUCCGGCUGAUGGUUUGCCUAGUCAACAUCCAACGUUGGCUGAUGGUGAAAUUGACAGCAGUACUGAGCCUGAAAUAGAUCCAGAUUCAUUUGAUGACUUGCCUACAUCAAUUAUCGUUACUAAUAUACAUUCGGAGGUGUUUGCUAGUCCUGAACUUAAACAGGAAAUGGAGGACUUAUUCCGUAUGUUCAGUGACAAAGCAACAUUUCAGUGGUUGCGAAGUUUUAGACGUCUCCGAGUUAACUACGAUAAUGCUAUAGCAGCUGCGAAUGCUCGCAUUAAAUUGCACCAGUAUGAAUUCAAUAAGAAAACUGUUAUAACGUGUUAUUUUGCACAGCCGGUAACUCCUGUAUCCAACAAAAAUCUUCAGCCACCAGCUCCGGUGAAACAAUUCCUAAUAUCACCUCCUGCUUCUCCUCCAGCCGGCUGGGAACCGAGAGAAGAGAAUGAGCCAUUAGUUAAUCAUGAUUUGUUGGCUGCUUUGGCUAGUCUCACCCCUGGCGAAUCUCACGAAUUACAUCCUCAAAGUGAAGAUCAGCCCGCAAUCAUUGUACACACAGCAAGAUUACCAGAAACUGCAACAGAUGUCAUCAGUGCCGCUUCAAAGAUGCCAAUAGUCCCAACCAAAUGUCCCGAAAGAGCAUAAACAAAAAAAUCAAAAAGUACCCAACUAAUCAAGUCUUUAUGAAGUUUGACUCAGACUUUACAUGUUGCAAACAAACAAAAUAUAUUUAUUUUUUUCUUUUGUUAUUUGUAGGCUGUUGUUUGUUUUAAAACUGAAGCUAAUUAAUUAUACAUACAUAAUAGAAAAACAACAAAAGAUAAAAGAAAAAAACUCAAUGUUUUAAAUGUAACACAUAAAAAUUGUUGAAUAUUUGAAUUUCAGUUUAGUUUUCGUUAAAUAUUUAUCGAAGCACUAGCUUAAACGAAACAUUUUAAUUUUUCCUACUAUUUUCAACAUGGAUUUCUUAAACGCACAUUAUCGAUUUUUACUUGCUAACGACAGAGCCUGGGAGAGAACUCAGACGAACUGAUGAUAAACUGCAAAGAAUGUUAAAAAAAGUUGUUGUUAAGUAAAUUCUUCAAAGUACUGAUGGUUUUGCUAAAACUGUUGCAAGCAUCGAAUCGAUCAAUGUCUUUUAGACUUGAAACCAUACGAAUGAUAUUGUGAUUAAGUAUAAAAUAUUUAUAUAUAUUUAUAGUUUUUUAUUAGAUAUAAAAAAAGAACAAAAAAUGUUAUUACAAAUAAACCAUGAAUUUAUGUGUAUUACCUACAUAACUAAUUAGAACUCAUGGCUUGUAUGUAGGAUAAGUUUAUUACAAAUUGCCUAAAACUGAAAUAGAUGUUAUCAAGAAAUACAUUCUCCAAUCUAACUUGCGAGUAUAAACCCGAAACAAUUUAAAGCUAUUACACAAUUUAUAUUCUUAAUAUACCAUAAUGGAAAUUUUAUUAUUAUUUUUUUAUGAAAUUAAUUAAAAAUUAAGAUUCGAAGAAUGUAAUUAAUAAUAAUAAUAAUUAUGUUAUCUCUUGUUGUACUAAUUUUAUUUCUAUAAAUAUUAAUUAAAUAAGAAAACCAAACAAAACUAAUACAGCUACAAUGUAUGUAUUUUUUUAUAAGCUCUGCUUUAAAUGUAUCCAGAGCUUAUUUAGUUCAUACUGUAACACAUUAUUCCGAUACUGUAUUUGCACACUCCUCCACAUCUUCACUGAAAUAAAACACAGACUUGUUUGUGUAUCUUUAUGUAGUUGAAAGCAGCUGAAAGAGAUUUGUCCUUAACUGCAGAGAAACACUUAAGAAAACACGAAAAAAAAAUAAUUAAAAAUACUAUCGAAUCACAAAAAUACCUGUAUAUAGUUUAAGUUAAAAUAACAAAAUUGUAUGUAAUGGAAAAUGUUUAAUGAAUUUAAAUAAAUAAAAACAAAAUUUAUGAAGAUA